AUGUUUAUGCCAGACCUGAACGGGGGUCAUCUUUUUAUUCGCUGCCUGAAACAGGAAGGCGUGCGAAAGAUUUUCACCAUCGUGGGCGAUACCAUUUUGCCGCUGGUUGAUGCUGCAGCCGACGAGGGGAUCGAGUUUAUCGACACCCGACACGAGGGCGCCGCGAUGCACAUGGCGGACGGCUACGCCCGGAUUACCGGGGAGCCGGCUGUUGCGAUGUUCACCGGUGGACCGGGAUUUGCAAAUGCGAUUUCCGGGUUGCCGGCGAUCUAUACGUCGGAGAGUCCGGUGAUAUUCGUGGCCGGCUGCGCCGAAUUGCCGGAAAAGGGUCAGGCGACCUUCCAGGAAAUUGACCAGGUCGCGAUGGCGGCUCCGGUAUCAAAGGGUUCCUGGUUGAUACAUGACAAAAACCGCAUACCGGAAUUCGUGGCGACGGCGUUCCGCACGGCCAUGAGCGGCCGGCCGGGUCCGGUCCACCUGACACUGCCCAUCGACCUGCAGGAGGCUCCGAUCAGCGAGGAAGACCUGCCUCCGUACCUGCCGCACGAGUAUCGUUCCAUGGGCAGGGCCCACGGCGAUCCUAACCUGAUACAGCAGGCGGCGACGCUUUUGGCCAAUGCCCAGCGUCCGGUAAUUAUCGCGGGGAAUCCGGCCCGGUAUUCGGUGGAGCCGGCACAGCUGGAGGCACUGGUCGAGGCGGCCGGGGCGCCCAUAUUUACGGUAGAACAGGCGCGGGGUUUGAUCGACGAUUUGCAUCCGCUUUGCUUUGGGUAUGCGGAUGGCGCAUUGAACCGGACGGCAAGACGGUUUCGGGAGGCGGACGUGGUGUUGCUGCUGGGGAAGCGGCUGGACCACCGUUACCGGUACGGAGGCGUAUUUUCUCCGGAGGCCAAGAUUAUCCAGGCGGAUCCGUCGCCGGCGGAAAUCGGGCGCAACCGGGGUGUGGCAGUGGGCUUGCUGGGAGACCUGGGAGCGAUAGUCGAUCAGUUGACCGGGGCCGCUCAAAUGAAUCGCAACGUUGGUCCCUGGCUGGACACGCUGCGGCAGGAUCAGACUGCGUGGCAGGACAGCCUGCGCAGCAACGCCACCGGAGACGCGCCGAUGCAUCCGCUGGACGUAUACACGCGCAUCGAGCAUUUGAUCGACGAGGACACCUUUAUCGUGCUGGACGGCGGCGACUACGUGCAGUGGGGUCGUUGCUACCUGCCAGCCCGGUCUCCGGGGCAUUUCAUCCGCCUGGGGCCGUUGAGCCAUUUGGGCGGCGCCAUUCCCUACGCCAUGGCGGCCAAGCUGGCCUAUCCGAACAGCAAGGUGCUGGCGUUCAUGGGCGAUGGGUCGUUUGGGUUCUAUUCGAUGGAGUACGACACGUGCAUCCGCCAUAACCUGCCCAUUACCGGGAUUAUGGGGAAUGACAGCAACUGGGGGAUCGACAAGACGUUCCAGCUGGCGUAUUUCGGGCGGGACGUGGGCACGAGCCUGCGGUACGUGCGGGGCGAGGGUAUAGAUUGCCUGAAAAUGCCACCGCAUACAGCGGCAAAGCCAACUAGCGAGGAGGCUAAUAUGCUUAAGAUUGGGCAUGAGGUUGUGCGACCCGGAAGGCACUGGGGCGACGCCGAAAUCACGAUUCCGGUUCCUGAGGAACUGGAAACUGUUCCCGGAAUUCCGAUGACCAACCGUGAGACCGACUGGUACACCCGCGAAUAUCCGCUGGAAACCAUGAACAUCACGGAAAGGGCAUCCCGCGACUGGGCGAACACUUUGCGCGACCUUCACGCUGAGAUGCGCGAGAUCCGCAAGGAGCAUGACAAGCUCAACAGCAACCUGAUUAUGGCUGCCCGAGCCACCGCCGAGAUGGAGUCCACUGCCGAGGCAACCGGCGAGGACAUCUCCGAGGCGAUCAAGGAAAAGGCGCGCCAGUUGGGUUACCUGGAAGUAGGCAUCACCAAUUACGACCCACGGUAUGACUACAAGAGCAAGCGCGGCUUCACCGUACUGCCCCACGCCAUUUGCUUGGCCUACGAGCAGGACUUCGAGCCCACGCAGACGAUCCCCAGCGUGGACGCUGAGAUCGUUCACUCCAGCACCUACCGGACGCAGGCAGCGGCCGGCUUGGAACUGGGCAACUUCAUCCGUUCCCAGGGUUACAAGGCCCACGUGGUCCACUCCAGUGACUCCACCGGCCCGGUCAUCCCCAUGUUCGUAGCUGCCGGUCUCGGCUCCCUGGGCGCCUGUGGCUAUCUGCUGUCCCCGCACAGCGGCAACCGCAUGCGGCUGAUGAUGAUCACCACCGACGCCAACGUCAGCUAUGACGAGCCCGUCGACUACGGGAUCCAUGCUUUCUGCCAGAAGUAUGGCCUGAAGAACACCAUGGAGCACUACGCCGCCACCGGACAGGUGUUGGGCAAGGGCACCCAUGACCUCGAAGGUUACAACCUGGAAGGCAAGGGCUACUUUGGUCCUGGUGAACUCCCCGUCUUCGAGCGCAACUUCUUCGACAUGCCCCACGGCAACUCCGACGAGUGGUCGUUCGAGCAGAUGAAGGACGCCGCCCGUGAUAACAACGGCGAGAUUCCAGAUUCCAUGGUCGAGGACCUGAAGCUCCAGAUCGAGCGUUCCAUCGCUCUGCAGUCCGGCGACGUACUGCAGCAGAUGGCCGAGGACCAGGACUACAUCUAG